AUGGAAGUGGUGGAGUGGGUGGAGGACAUCGACGAGUUGGCGGAGCUGUUCGAGCGGCAGGAGGGGCUCGGGCGACGACGCGUGCGUGGCAUCUGCGGGCGCGUCACGAAGGGCCGGACCGAAGACGACUUCCGCCUUCUCAGCGACGGACCCACCAAACGGUUGUCGUGGGUGGUGGGGCCGGAUGGCCUCGAGCAGUUGUGUGGAAAGAGCCCGCGGGACAUGCUGCUGGCCAUCGGCAAGGACACGCCCUGGCUCCGCCGCACCCUCGACAAGGGCUAUCGGUUCAGGCUGUGCCUGUUCCCCGAGGUGCAAGCGAGGCAGGCCACAUGGGACGGAGUGCUUGAGCUCGUCCGCGAUGCAUUCCCCGAGGCCUGGCCCCACGUGGAGCCCCACGCCCACCUGUUGCCCAAGUACACGCUGGAGGAGGUGCAGGCGCGCUUCACCGAGUUCGACAUUCACGCUUCGUUUCGAGAGGGCCGGGACCAUCACCACUUCAUGACCCUCGAGCGGCUGUGCCUGUUCCCCGAGGUGCAAGCGAGGCAGGCCACAUGGGACGGAGUGCUUGAGCUCGUCCGCGAUGCAUUCCCCGAGGCCUGGCCCCACGUGGAGCCCCACGCCCACCUGUUGCCCAAGUACACGCUGGAGGAGGUGCAGGCGCGCUUCACCGAGUUCGACAUUCACGCUUCGUUUCGAGAGGGCCGGGACCAUCACCACUUCAUGACCCUCGAGCGAUAUCUGAAGUCGAGCGGGUCGUUGGGACACACGAGGGCAUUCCUCUACCACGAGGUCGGCCUCUCCCAACUCUUCCACGGCGACGGCUUCACCCGGACCGAGGACGGCCAAGUCGGCUUGAGAGAGUACCUGGUGCCCAACCGCCCACUGACGUCAUUCGCCAAGCACCGCAGCGUGGAGCUGCCCCUCGACCUGGACCAGGGGCUGCCACCCGAUGCCUGA